AACUCAUUGAAACGAGAUUUUUGUUUUUGUUUUUUUUUUUUAGUUGGCUUUUGUCUCAAAAUGUCACCCCAAAAUGAACAUUGAUGAAGGUUCAAGAACCUCAGAUACAAGUUCAAACGAUUCAAAAACACCUACAAAAUGGAUCCCUCAACGCUAUUUAGUCUCAUUUAUGAUUUUUUUGGCCUCAGUCAACAGUUUUAUCAAUCGUGAUGUUUUAAUCUACACUAUUACAUAUUUCGCCGAAAUCAAGUACCAAAAACAAGAGUACCACAACAGUACCAUUGGUCAACACUGUGAAGUACUCAAGGAAUACUUCCAUGAAACUUUACCAAAUGCAACCACAACAAAACUAACUAAAAUAGAACAACCAACAAUUGGAAAAAUCUCUUCCUUGCUGUUUGUCACCUAUCUCCCUUUGCACAUUUUUGGGGGGAUUUACUCGGACCGUCGAAGUCCAAAACGGGUGAUUUCCCUCUCGACAAUCCUCUCCUCAAUUAUCAACAUUUCAACUCCGUUACUGAUUCAAGUGACCAAAGGAAAUGUGUCAGUUUUGAUGGUACUAAGACUCCUCAUGGGUGGCACCCAAGGGGCUCACCUUCCGGCAGCUAGCAAUUUAAUCGCCCAUUGGGCCCCCUUGCGUGAAAGAGCCUUCCUGUCGUCAAUAUCAGUCUCGGGAUUGUACAUAGGACUCAUCGCAAGACAAAUUUGUACAAGUUUCUUAGUCGACUCGACUGGUAAUUGGUCGACGCCAUAUUACGUCUAUGGGUCAAUAGGGAUUGUGGUUGCGUUAAUAUGGGAGUUUUACGUAUUUGCAAACCCAGAAAAAGACCCAAGAAUUACACCGGAAGAGAAAGAGUACUUGGCUUCGGAGAUGAAAGGACUUGUCGACCAUAGACACAAGGAAAUCCCCUAUCGUGCUAUCCUUUCGUCCUUUCAAAUCUGGAUUUUGAUAAUGGCCUUCAGUGCGAAUCGAUGGAUUGGUAAUUUCUUCGCAUUAACACUUCCCGAAUAUACGAAAGAAGUCCUCAAGUACAACACAAAGGAGAGUUCACUUAUUUCCUCACUUCCGUUUCUCCCAAUGACACUUAUUUUACUCAUUUUUGGCCUAUUCUCAGACUGGGUGGUACGCAACGGUCAUAUCAAUUUGAUAACAAUACGAAAAAUCUUCUCAACCCUUGGGAUGAUGGGCCCCCCUAUUUAUAUGUUAACCGGUUCUUUUGCCGGUUGUAACCGAUUUGCUGCCGUACUCAUGUUUAUUCUAGCUCUGAGUCUUAUGGUUUUCGUUUUUUUGGGUUUGUAUUUAGUGACUUUGGAUUUGGGACCAAACUAUACCGGAUUUACGUCAAGUCUCACCAACGGUCUUGGGAACAUUUCAGGGAUUUUUCUUGGUAAAGUCAUAGAAAGGGUUGCGCCAGAUAAAACUGUACUGCAAUACAGGAAACUGUUUUGGUUAUCGAUGGGUAUUGCUGUGGUCACAAACACGGUCUAUAUGGUUUUUGGGACCACCAAACUGCAGGCAUGGAACAAGCCCGUGUUCAAAAGGAAAUAAAGGAUCUAUAGUACUAUAGUGUUUUUUUGUAGGUAAAU